AGGGGAGAAGGGGAGGAGGGGGAUCAAAAUCGAAUAGAGGAGCAAAGGUUGGGGCGCUGCAGAUUGGGGGUGGUUGAAAGUUAAAAGCAUUCCCAUUUAAUAUCCAAAAGAGUGGGAGAAGACAUCAUUUCACAGGUUUUAAACACAAUUGGGUGACAAACUGUUUGUCUCUCACGCUCCCCCCUUCUGUUCGUCUCCCUGAAUGCCUUGCCAGUGUUCAGGGUUUCCGGGAGUUUGUGUAUGAGUUAAUAAAUGUCCAACAAAUCGUACUAUCGUGGCGAUUUAUAUGCGGAGGAGCGAGGGAAAAAUAGGUUGUGAUGGAUUUAUGCGAAAUGGAGAGAAGUUGGGGUGUGUCUUUGGUCAUUCACGAAUUAUGGGAUUAGUUAGUUGAAUACAGCGUAUGAUCAUAUUCGCCACCUGUAUGCCACUCUCUGCUUAAUCUCCCAAGGGAAGACUAAUUCUCAGGGGAUCUUUUGAGAAAAGGUGCCCCUGGCAUGCACUCCCUUCCAUUCUUACCUGUAUGACAUUUGUCAAAAUGGCUGUAGCAGUUGAUCAACACCAUGGAUUCAGGCCAUUCAGCCGAUCCCAGAGAUGCAGAUUACAGUCCUACACUCAACUCGAUUACAGCAUACUUGCCCACUCCUUAACACACGCAUUUGGUGAUGCUAAUUUUCACAAAAGCUUCUCCACCCCUUGUCUAUCCCUAACCACUGCAUUGGAGGAAGAUUUUGACACAAAUCCAAGGAUUGAAAUUGUUGGAGGCAGUAGGAUACCUAGGGUACAUGCUCUUGUAGUCGAGGUCGCCAUAGCUAUGGCAUCUGGUGCUGAUCUCUUGCCAGUGUCAAGUGGACUAGGGGGUGCCUACUACUUAUGUAGUCAAAAUGGUGACAGUAUUGCUGUGGCAAAGCCAAUAGAUGAAGAACCUUUAGCUUUCAAUAACCCUAAAGGCUUUGGGGGUCGGAUGCUGGGCCAACCGGGUUUGAAACGCUCAGUUCGGAUCGGUGAAUCUGGAGUUCGAGAAUUGGCAGCUUAUCUCCUUGACCACGGUGGAUUCGCUGGUGUUCCUCCCACAGCUUUAGUAAAAAUUUCCCAUGUUGCAUUCCAAAUUAAUAACAAUGCAGCCGGAAUUUCAGCUACACCUUAUAAGAUUGCUUCUCUGCAGCGCUUCGUGGAUCAUGACUAUGAUGCAGGAGAGUUAGGUUCUUCAGGCUUCUCAGUUGCUUCUGUUCAUCGUAUUGGAAUUUUUGAUGUAAGACUCUUAAAUCUUGACAGGCAUGCAGGGAAUAUGCUUGUUAAAAAAUACGAACUGCACAAUUAUGCAGUUGGGGUGGCUGAGCUUGUGCCUAUUGACCAUGGUCUUUGCCUUCCUGAGUGGCUUGAUGAUCCAUAUUUUGAAUGGUUGCACUGGCCUCAAGCUUCAGUUCCCUUUUCCGAGUUUGAAAUUGAGUACAUAUCCAAUCUUGACCCCUACAAAGAUGCAGAGCUUCUUAGAACUCAUAUUCCUUAUUUACGGGAGGCUGCUAUCCGUGUUCUUGUGCUAUGCACCAUCUUCUUGAAGCAGGCUGCUGCAGCUGGGCUUUGUCUUGCUGAUAUAGGGGAAAUGAUGACUCGGCAGUUCUGUGCUGGAGAAGAAAGUCUGAGUGCAUUAGAGAACCUUUGUUUGCAAGCUAAGGCUGCCAUGCCUACUACAGUAGAUGAGACGAAAGGAAAAAUUGGAGAAGUUGAAAUGUUUAAACUUGAAAAAGAAAGUGAGGAACGUUUGAAAGAGAAUUUGGAUCUUCCUCAACUCUUAGGGAGCCAUUCUGGAAUGAGUAAGCCACCCAUUAUGUCAAGGUUUUCAUCUGCAGGAUCAAUUACUGGGUUGACCGAUGCAUCUCUGUCUCCACUAUUCGAGCAAAACGAUCAUGAUAACGACGAUAAUGACAGAAAGACUAUGAUAGGCAAUAAUAGUAGUGAUGAUGAUGGGAGUACUAGUGAUUGUCGUAAGGUCAGGGUUUUGAUGAAGAGCAUGAGUUUCUCAGUACCUACCCACAAUUGUGAAGCAGGGGCAAUAUCUUUUGGAGAUAUGAGUGGAGCUGAAUGGGAACUGUUCUUGGAUAGUUUCGAAAAGCUUUUGCCGGAGGUACUUGAGGGCACAAAGUCCCUGAGCUUGAAGCAGAGGUUGGGAAUUACUACUUCCUGCAAGUUCUGAAAAAUUAAUAUUUUGUGGGAAAGAAAAAAAGAUUUGAAAACAGACUUUGUUGCUUAUAUCUAGUCCAGUAUGAAGUGACUGUACAUUAUUGCCAAAUGAAGACGGUAGAGUAGUAGAUUGUAAAUAAAUAGAAUAGGUGCAACCGGAAAUGCGAUUGGCGAAACGCCAUCCUUUCUGUGUACCUGUUUUUAUUCUUCAUUAUCUUGUAUCGUUGCCGUAGACUGACAUAGAAUUGGUUCUCUUGCAGAGAUGACUUGCAACAGAAUUAUUGACAUGUUCAAACGGUUGAUAUUAAUUAGUUUGAAAUGGAUAUUGAUAUUAUUAUAUCAUACUUUCUUCUUUGAAAUGGA